CGAUAAUUUGUUCUUUUUGUUUUGUUAUUGGAAAAACAAAUUAGGUAUAGAGUAAAAAAAAUUUACAGUUAAAUUAUAGAAACAAAUAAACAAGAAUAACUGCUGUUGAAAAUGAGUGAUCCAGCAACGAAAGAUCCAAUAAGGGUCACGCUGAAGAAACUCAUUCAACAUUCAAAAGCUAAUUUCACAGCAGAUGAUGUUCUUAAGGAAUUUCGUACAGUUAAAGAGAAGCGUAACAAUCGAAAGCUUUUAAAGAUUCUGGAGAUAUUAGCAAAAAAUCAGCCCAAAGCAUUGGAAAAUUUGCAAGAAACUGCUAAACUUUUAGAAAAAAAGGAUCCAUUUUAUUGUUUAAUAAAUUUUCUUAAUUGCUAUUCUGAUGUCAACAUAAUGCAGUCGAUGCGUAAAAAGGAACUAGUAUCCUCCACACCAUUGCUCAGCAAAAAUAUGUUGGAUGCUUCGGAAUCAGUUUUAGAGAUAAAAGAACGUGUUGUUCAAGCUGCCAGUGGUGGUUUAAGUCGCGUAUCUCAGAAUAACAAUGCGAUAGUUAGUCUGGGUUUAUUGGCUGCAGCUCCUUUGUCAUUAACUUCAUCCAAUAGUAUUACAGCUGCUGCUCCGGCCACUAAUACGUCCGCUACAACUUCCUUGGGGAAUGCAGGAUUAUAUCCAGCUGUCAGAACGGAUCAUAACCCGGACAGUUUAUGGGAAUUUCAUAAUAUGGAUAAUUUUCAAUUUCAACAAAGCAAUAUUGCCGCUAUACCCAUUAACAGUCAAGAAAAUUUACUGUUAUACGAUUUAAUUUAUUGUUUAACGGGUAUGCGUGGUUCCUAUAUAACCCCUACUGCGAAUCUCUUCGAGGGUGAAAGUGUCGGUAGGGCAAUAUCAUUAAAAUUUAAGGUAUCCGAACAAAUUCACAGCUCUUUGCGCGAUAUUGCUCAAGAAAUAUUACCGCUUGCUUCCCAUUACACUUGCAUACAAAAAUUUAUACAAAAGACAACAUUCACACAAUGCAGCCAAGUGUUACAAGCAUUAAGCGAAGCCUUGAAUAAUCUAAUACAUGAUUAUUAUCUACUGUUGGCUCAAUUAGAGGCGGAGUUGAAUGCUGGAAAUUUAACUUUACACAAAAUGUUGUUCUAUAUUCGUCCUACUUUGAAUACGAUGGAAGUACUGGCCGGAGCUGUGUCACUUAUUGUAACGAAUGAUUUGCAUGGAGGACAUGCAUUAACUUUACUAUUCAAUCAGAUAAGUGCCUUGACCGGCGAUGAGGAAUCUCAGCGAUUUAUGAUUCAAUUGACGCAACGUGCUGCUGUUCCAUAUAUGAAUAUCUUGCAAUUGUGGAUUCAAAAGGGAGCUAUUAACGAUCCGCAGCAGGAAUUUCUAGUGGAAGAUAACGAAGUCAUUCGCCGAGAGGAAUUGCCAGAACAUUAUUCGUCGGAUUACUGGGAGAAACGUUAUACAGUACGUCGUGAGCGAAUACCAUGUUUUUUGGACAAAGUGUCCGAUAUUAUCUUACGUACGGGCAAAUACUUAAAUGUAAUACGUCAGUGUGGCAAGAAAGUAACUCUUCCGCAGACUAUGGACUUACAAUUUUCACCAACCAAUCAAAAUCAUAUUGCCGUUAUACAGAACGCUUAUCGAUUUGCUUCGAAAAAUUUACUUGAAGUGUUACUUAAAGAGAAUGAUUUAAUGGGUCAUUUGAUGUCGGUCAAACGUUAUUUGCUAUUGCAACAAGGUGACUUUAUCACCGAAUUUAUGGAUGCUUGCGAGGAGGAGUUGGCCAAGAAUGUCGAUAAGGUGUUGCCCAUGAAAUUGGAGAAUUUAUUAGGUCUUACUUUGCGUCUCUCAUCAGCUAAGCAUGACCCCUAUAAAGAUGAUGUUCAUUGUGAACUUUUGACCUAUGAUUUGGUGACACAAAUGUCGAAAAUCAUGAACAAUGAGGAAGAAUAUUGGUUAAGUCAUGACCGUUUAGAUCUUAACGGGUUGGAGUGUUUCGCAUUUCGAUAUGAGGUUAAGUGGCCGGUGUCGUUAGUCCUAAAUCAUAUAGCGAUUUCUAAAUAUCAAAUGUUAUUUCGUCAACUUUUCUAUUGCAAACAUGUAGAGAGACAGUUAUGCAAAAUUUGGAAAGAGAAUUCUAUAGCGAAAAAGUUUUCGCCGCAAGCCGCUGAACUUUAUCGAUCGGCUUUUACUUUACGGCAACGAAUGAUGAACGCUGUACAAAAUCUUGAAUACUAUAUGAUGGUAGAAGUUAUCGAACCAAACUGGCAUUUAUUUAUACAAAAUAUGAAUAAAGUUGAAAAUGUCGAUGAAGUAUUAUCGUUCCAUCAAGAUUUCCUGGAUUCGUGUUUGAAAAAUUGCAUGCUAACUGAUACUACAACCCUGAAUCGUUCCAUCUUUAAAAUGUCCAACAUAUGCCUGAAAUUUUGUGAAUUUAUUCAAAAGUCGCAACGAUUAUUUCUUGAUGCUGAGCUCACUUCAAUGGUUUGCGAUAGUAAUGAUGAGGAUAAUUCAGAUUCAGAACUUGAUUUUUCAAAUCAGAAGCAGUCGGAGACAUCAUUAGCGCCUACGGACACCUUCUCGGAACGCGUAAAACGUUUCGAUCUUGAAUUCACCGCGCUUCUCAUUGGCUUACUGAAACAGAUAAAUGAUGUAGCUUCGGAUAAUCCAUCAGAUCGUUUCAUUAAUCUGGUGCAUCGGAUUAAUUUCAAUUCAUUCUAUAAUGAACAAAUGGAUAAGUUAUGUGCAAAAGAUGCCUUAAUGACACAUCGUUGAGAAUAUUCGUUUCAUUUAAUACCGCCGAAAUCAAAACAGUUUAUGCUAAUUUACAAAAAAAUAAUUUCCUUUUGUACGUAUUGUUUUUCCAUUUUUACUUGUUCUCU